AGCGUAUCGACUCUAUGCUUUAUCAUGAGAACUGCGUACACCAGCUUACCUCACACCGACCAUCCAGCUUCUUUACCGCGCCCAAGCCGCUUCCAGGCUUGCUCAGCGUUAUCGAUGCCGUCAUCCACAUUGGCCGCCGUAACUUACACCGGGAACGUCGUCAACGCAGCUCCUGAUGGUAUCUGAAAUGUCGACCGCGACCCGAACAUAAAUGUCACCGAAGAGGCAACGCUCCAUUGUCGCGCUUCCGAAGCGACUAUGCUGUGUUUUUUCGAGCCCAAGAGAAGCAUGAGACGCUUCCGCAUAUCGGCUGUCACCGUGCGCCGAUACGUUGGGGGCGUUGGGGCUGGGCUUUGUGGAAUGGAAUACUACAACGCGUCAAACACGCAACCGAACAUCAUUCGUUCCUAUCGUACAGCGACAUGAAAACCAGGCGAGAAAUCGCAUAUAUAUAUCUCAUCGCGCUGGCUUUGUAUAUCGGUCAUGCUUCCCCUCGCACAUCUUCCCACAGGCUACUACCUCAUAGCCUCGCAUACGCACUCAAGCAAGGUCACCUACGCCGGUCGCCUCAGCUCCAGCUCCUCCAAGGCCGCAAAACGCGCUAUGCCGCUACUGUCCGCAUUCGACGAGGACGACGAGGACGACACGCUCGUACUCGCAGUGAACCGGAAGACCGCGGUCAGCUACUUCAAGGACAGCACAGAUGACUGGGCGUUCCUUGAGCAGCUCGACGAGGAGUUGCCGCUGCGCACUAGCGCACCUAGCACGCCAUCAACCACCGCCGUCGACUCCGAGAGCGACGUGGACAGUCCGCUCUCGCCCAUCUUGGAGGGCAGCUCCGCACCGACGACACCGCUGCUCGUCACGGAUUCCGCGCUCGAGUCGAGCGAGAGUGAUGACGAGGAGGACACAGGCCGUGUGCGCUUCGCAAAGGACAUGCGCAGUCUCGCGCGCCGCGCGAAGCAUGCGAGGGGCCGCAAGGUCUUCGCUGUCCCCGGGGAACAGCCGCAGUGGCUCCUAGAGAAGCUCCCGAACGGCCGAUACACUAUCAAGACGCUCGGAGCGCCAACAGGCAUCCGGGACGGCCUCUUGCUCGCAUACGACGCGCACUUCGCGGCGCAGGCCGUCGAAGAGUGGGAGCUCCGCCCGCACGUUGUGCCUGGCCCCAAGGGGCGUGAGCGCGAGCGCGAGCUGGUGUACACUAUCGAGUGGGCAUCUGGCGGGGCUGGAUGGGUGAGGCAGGGCGGGGCCGACGAGGAAUUGAUUUCUGUUGCGCCGAUGUCGGGCCAAGUGCGUGAGGACGAGCUCUGGAAGAUUGUGCCUGUCUCUAUUGCUUAAGGACUCAUACUCCAGAAUUAUGUAUCUCUCUCUUCUCUCUCUUCUUGGUUACAUGCAUUUCCUUAUUGCUCUCGCUAACCCACACUAUCGCUCUCGUCUCGCUUGCUACACACGUAGAUCAUGGACUUUUUUGUACUUUUAUCUUGUUUGUAUGUUCAACAGAUUUAUAAAGAGUGCCAAG